AGGAGGAAGAGGAGGAGGAGAAAGUGGCUCUGCAGCCGGUCGGAUUAAAAGUAACCAGACUCGUCCAGAAAACUGCGUCCAGGAAGGAAGUGACAGAAGACGAAUGGGAAAAGGAGAGCAGCUCACGGCCUUUGAAACAUCGCGAAAGACAACACGACGAGCCGUGGGCUCCCGGCUUCUCUCCCCGUGCCACCGCAGAGGACGCUCGGGGAGAGCCGGUCUCCGGCUGGCGAGGCGCGCGCGCGCUCGCUCCCCGGGGACGCCGCGAGCCAGCCAGCAGGAAAGUCCUGCAAAAGUCGGGAUCUUUCCUCUGACCAAUAGGAGCGCGACCCUAACCGUGGCUCGGCGGCUGCCCCCUCCCCCUUCGGAUUCGCGUUUGGCUACUCCAGUCUUCCGCCGGUCGGUGCGCGCUUCGGUUACUCACGCGUAAAACCCACCGACCAGGAUGUCAGCAGCCCUGGAUUCCAGCGGGCUUUUCCUGCGGCACACGCGGCUUUCCCACCCUGAGAGGUUGCAGGGCUAGACAGGGAGCCGGAAGGCUUCUCGAACGUGGAAGUUUGUAGGAAAUAAUACAAGAAUGACUAGCUUUUGAAAUCCGGACUUCAUUUGCAAGGCCAUGAACUUUCUCAUCAGUUUGGAAAUAUUUACCAAGGCAGCAGCUAGCUUCCUCAGAGAUUUUCCCCUCCUUUCUCCUACCCUGCGCUCCCCCCACCUCCUUCUCUCUCUUCCACAACUUAACUUCAUCCAGGUCAUUAACAUGUAAACCCAACCAACUUCCCAGAGGCGUUACUGGUGACCUCACUUAUGCCGACGACUUUCAGCUACAUAAGAAGCAGAAUAGGGACUGAUAAAGAAGAUCAUUUGUGUUAAGCUUGAAACAUAUGAAACAUUUUUCUUUAGCAAAAAUACAGGUUAACAUCCAAUUUUUAGAGAAAGAUAGCAGGGUCUGGGCACCACCUUGCCCUUUCUGAUUACACUACGCCCAAGAAAGUUAAAAAUAAAAUGUGUUCGUCCAUACACAAAUGAAGAGACAAGAUUCCAGCAAACUAUAGAUAACAUGAAAUGUUCAGGCAUUUUUUAAAAUUUUAAUAUUGGGAAGGAAAAGGAAAACGAACAAAGGCCAAAAUUCUGAGUGCACAAGAGGAGACAGUUCUAGUGUACAGAAUGAUGUAGCUAAUUAAAGAAAUCUCCUCACUUAAAAAAAUUCCUUUCUGCACUAUGUGUUUAGCCCAAUGACUAGUUGCAUUUCCUGUUAACUUCUUCAGUAUGCCUGCAGACAACUAUUUUAAUACAUGAGGGCAGGGUGGUUCUCUAAGCCUCUUGCUUCAUUGUGGGGGCUAUUUGAUGUUAGUAGCUUCUCAACAUUCAACCUACCCUCCCAAGCUUCACUUGAAAGGAGAAGGUUGAUUUAACAGGCAAGUACAAGUAGAUCUGAACAAUCUUCACGCUUCUGGCUCAUUACCAUUGUGACUAUUAGUACAGCUAAAAGGAAGAUGUCAUUUUUAUUCUAGAAAAGCAGGGCAAACUGUCACAAGAAAAAGCCAUCUGAAAUAGUAUGCAGAUUAUUACCUACAUUUUGCUUGCCUGUUUGUUUUUCAUAUGGUAGUUCGCUACUAUCAUGACUUCAUUUUAAUAGUAUCACAAAGAACAUCUAUGUCAAGUUUUUAUUUAAAGUUACUUCUUAAAAAAUCCAGAAUUUUAAAGGUACACAGACAUUUUGAAUACUAAUGUUUGUCUAUAGUAGUAAAUAAAGGAAAUUAAUUUUGUUUUUUAAAGGUUCACAAAUGGUUUGACAAAGCAAACUAUUUGAAGAACCAUGUGAGUUUAUAGCUAUAAUGUUUAAAAUUAAUGUAAUGAAUUGUAAUGGCCUAUGAGCAAAUAGAUAUGAGCAAAUAGAUAAAGCUGGUUCAUGAAUUUCAAUCAUGUGUUUGGUACAUUAAAGAGGGCAUGUCUGUUUGUCAUAGUGCACUUCUGUUUUAGAUUUAUUUUUCCUUGAGCCACUUCAUUUUACCUUUUCAUAUUUUAAAGAAUCAUUUAAUGAUAAACAUAACAAACCCAUAGUUAUCAAUGAUAAUGGUAGCAUUCAAAAGUAUAUACAACCCCACAUUGUGGAUAACUUGAAAACAAUUUGGAUCUGGAAUGUAUCACAGUUGGUCUUUGAAAAUAUAAGCUUUUUCCUCUCAGCAGAUUUAGCUUCUUAAUUACGUGUGACCCAAGUUAAUAUUAGCAUUCGUUUCCUUCCUCAAAACCUUUAAUAGUUGAAGGGAAACAGAAGAGGUUAUGUAGAAAUAUACAGUAUGCACUCACCUGAAAUUUUAAAUUUUCAUUACUAAGUAGUGAAGUAGUUAACUUAAGAGUUUUUUUUUUAAAUGUUCCUCUUUUAAACGACUCCCAACUUGUUAUUUAUUUAUUUUCUUAAAUUUACAAAACCAUCUUGAUCCUUGUCACCUCAUAUUACUUGGCUAGGAUUACAAUAUUUUCUCAUAUAGAGAGAGGCUUGUCCUGUGUGUUAGGAAACUCAAUUGAGUUCAAGACUUUUGUGGCUGGGACUGUAGCUCAGUGGUAGAGUGAUUGCCUAGUGUAUUAAAGGGCCUAGAUUCAAUCAGCAACACUGCAAAGACUUUAAAAAUCCUAAGUCUUGCUGUUGGAUGUGUACUUUCUAGGAUUUUGUUAGCUUACAGUUUAGAUGAAUUCUCCAAACUCUUCUAGGUCUAUGCUUGCAAAU